GAUUGCACCAUGCCACACACACUUGAAGCUCAGUCUCCCUUGGAGACAGUGGCAGCUCCGGAUCACGGCAUGACAGUGCAACAGUAGAGAUUCCACUUCAGAGCACUUUCACUCAGAUAACUCCACUGAGCUGUGUCACCAUUCAGAUACACAGAGGGAGCACCAGUUAGAGCAGCAGCACGGGGAAGAGGAACAGAGCGUCAGGACAUAGGAGUGCUGGGACGAGGACCGAAGAGUUGACAGAAACGGAGAAGAGGAGGAGGAGUAGGAGGAGGAGGAGGAGUGGGCGAUCAAGAGCCUGAAGCAGAAGCAGAGGAGUCAGGAGUCUGAGGAUGGACGGAGCGAGCAGGAGGAGCUGCUGAGCGUGCAGCCAGGGCACUAUUACACACUCACACACACACACACACACACACACACACACACUGAUAUACACACUUCCCAGGGAAGGACAGUGUGUUGUAGCCCCCAGUGGAGGAUGAAGAAGCACUCAGCCCGAGUAGCUCCUCUCAGCUCCUACAGCACCCAGGUCCUGACCUGCCCCAUCUCUGAAGGAGAAGACGGCUCAGAAUCUCAUGCAGAGACACCAGGCAGCGAGACCAGUGAAGAGAGUCGAACCUUUCAAACAUGUACCAACACAGCUCUGAAGGUGCUGGGUGGUCUGCUGAUGGUGCUGUGCAUCUCCUCCUCUUGGGUAGGCACCACUCAGGUGGUUAAGUUGACCUUCCAGUCCUUCUCCUGCCCCUUCUUCAUCUCUUGGUUCAGCAGCAACUGGAACAUGCUUUUCUUCCCCAUCUACUACUCUGGACAUGUGGUCAUCACACGGGAGAAGCAGACCCCUAUUCAGAAAUUCAGGGAGUGCAGCAAGCUUUUUGGGGAAGAUGGGAUGACUCUCAAGCUUUUUGUAAAGAGAACAGCCCCCUUCUCAAUCCUGUGGACUCUGACCAACUACCUGUACCUCCUGGCCUUGAAGAAGUUGACCGCCACUGAUGUCUCUGCCCUGUACUGCUGCCACAAGGCCUUCGUCUUUCUCUUGUCCUGGAUCGUUCUCAAGGACCGUUUCAUGGGUGUCCGGAUUGUGGCAGCCAUAAUGGCCAUCACAGGUAUUGUAAUGAUGGCAUAUGCUGAUGGUUUCCAUGGGGAUUCCAUUGUGGGUGUGGCAUUGGCUGUUGGCUCGGCCUCCACAUCAGCUCUCUACAAGGUGCUGUUUAAGAUGUUCCUGGGCAGUGCCAGCCUUGGAGAAGUGGCUCACUUCCUCUCCACCAUGGGCUUCUUCAACCUCAUCUUCAUCUCCUGUGUACCACUCAUCCUUUAUUUCACCAAGGUAGAGCACUGGGGCUCACUGUCUUCACUGCCCUGGGGAUACUUGUGUGGACUGGCAGGACUGUGGCUGGUGUUCAACAUCUUGGUCCAUGUCGGCGUGGUGCUAACAUACCCUAUUCUCAUCUCUAUUGGGACUCUGCUCAGUGUGCCAGGAAAUGCAGCCGUAGAUCUUUUGAAACAUGAGGUCAUCUUCAGUGUGGUUCGCCUGGCAGCCACCUGCAUCAUCUGCCUGGGAUUCCUACUCCUGCUGCUGCCAGAGGAGUGGGACUCGGUCACACUGCGGUUCCUGGCCAACAUCGCGGACAAGAAGGCAGAGGACCACGGCGAGGAGCUCACAGAGUCCAGCAUCAACACUAGAAGCCGCAGUCGAGCCAACGGAGCGGUCUCCAUCCCUUUGGCGUGACAGCUUUGCUGGCCUCUGUUCAUUUCAUAAGGACCUCUCUGCUCAUGUUCCUCUGAUGCCCACUGAGGAAGUGUGGCAGGAUCUUCUGUCAACAUGGACUCUCUAUCAGGAAGGCAAGAAGUAUCGUCUUGAACUUUAUGAACUUCACUCUGGAGAUCCAUCUCUAUUUCUGCCACUUCACAGCAGGAGGGGUACACAAGAACAUGUAUGGACAAUACAUCGCAAACUAAAAGGGUGGAAAGUGUUUUUUACUUUCUUGAAAUACUCGCCACGCGCAGUCCUGUUCCUCGCACGCACCUGAACCAAGAGCUGCCUGACCUCCCCAGACCUGCUCUGCAGACUGUAUUCUGUGAAUAUAAACCAUGGAAGGGCCACUUUGGCUUAGUAUUAAAACUAUUUAUGAUAUUUAUUUAGAGCUGUAUCAAUAAGAUAUAAAGAAUAUUACUUUUAAGUUUUAUUUAAUUAUAUUAUGUACAAGAAUGGCAAUUAUACUAUGCGUAAUGUACAGGCCCUU